AGCAUUUGGGUCAAGCACAGAAGCUAUAACGGCAAAGCAUGAUUUGCCGGAGAAAUGCUUGACUCGACGUCCAGUGAGACUUGUCGACUCGAUGCCUAUUGCACGAAACUAGAUUGGUGGCCGAACACCUCUGGUGGGUAUCACUUUUUCACACCCACUCGUGCCACCUCUGCCCACGGAGGCGGCAAAUGACGCCGCCUCAUCAAUCUAGCCAACCGUGACUAACAUAAUGAGAAAAAUGGGCGAACCCAGGCCACUCCGGUGGUUCCUUGCUCCUGUCCUUAAGAGGCGUCGCUCCUUCUGUUACUCCGCACGACUGCUUUCUUACUUUUCUAGGAAGUCGAGAUACAAAAAGAGACCUCGAGCGCUGCCAAAGCCGGUUCCGCCCUCGACGAUUUCUAUAUUCGCUACAUACUCUAGCGACAUCAUUUGACUUACACGAAUUAUUAUCACUCUACUACGUAGACAACACCAUCAUCAACAUCCACUUCGUCCAUCGUGCCCGACAGAUCGACACUAGUGGCACCGUCUUCGCUGUGAACACCGAUCGAGCUUGCCAAAGCACACACACACUUCGCCAACUGGAUUGGCCUGCACUUCGACUAUCUUCUUCGGCAACCCAGAGCGACAUCCCCAAACGCAGCAACCGACAAGAUCGUGCUACCACCGCACACUGCUCGAAAGUGACAACUCUCGCAACAUAGGCCGAAGGACCAACUCGAAAACUCGACGCUCGUAGCACAUCUUAGACUCUCGAAUCGGUAACGCAUCGCUCAUUGACGACCAAAUUAUCCCAGUGCGCAGAAGGUCGCCAAGAUGGGGUUCGGAUUGAUCAUGAACCCAUUCGCGACGCAUACUCCAGAGGAGUUUGCAGAUGCAUAUGAGCCUCUGCCAGAGUCACCGCGGCGUACACCAACUCCUCCAGAGGCUGUAGAGAGUAAACCUGCAGAUCGCGGCAGCAUCAGCACGAACACCAGUGGUUCAGACCCGGAGAAGGGUCAAAUAUCACAACCACCGCCAAGUGAGACCGGUGUAGAGCAGGCUGGACCUGCAAGAACCACCAUGGCACGUCUCAAGGCUCAGAUUGACUCUGAGCUCGCGGCAGGUGGCACGCAGACAUCAUACGACACCAAAGCAAAAGUCAUCAAUCAAGCCAUCGAAGACAUUGGCAUGGGUGCCUAUCAAUGGCAACUCUUCACCCUUUGUGGAUGUGGCUGGUUUGCAGACAACUUAUGGCUGCAAGGAGUAGCCAUCGCCUUGCCGUCGCUGAGCAAAGAGUUUGGCAUCGCGGAAGGGAUGGUGCGGUACACCACACUGAGUCUCUUCUUGGGACUGUGUAUUGGUGCUUCAUUCUGGGGUAUCAUCUCGGAUAUCGUCGGACGAAGGCUGGCUUUCAACUGCACGCUAUUCCUCGCUGGAGCCUUUGGCUUAGCUGCAGGCGGUGCCCCCAGCUGGCUCGGCGCCUGCGCCUUAUUCGCUUGUGUAGGAUUGGGCGUCGGCGGCAAUUUGCCAGUCGAUGGUGCUCUCUUCCUGGAGUUCCUGCCCGGAUCUUCGAGUAACCUGUUGACGAUGCUUUCCAUCUUCUGGCCACUCGGACAACUCGUAUCUUCUCUCCUCGGCUGGGUCUUCAUCGUGAACUUCAGCGAGAAAUGGGGCUGGCGAUACUUCAUUCUCACCUGCGGCGCGAUCACAAUGCUCAUGUUCAUCUGCCGGUUUCUCUUCUUCCACCUCUUCGAGUCGCCAAAGUUCUUGCUCUCGAGAGGACGACAGGCUGAGGCAGUCGCGGUCGUUCGGGGAAUCGCAAAGUUCAACGGGAAGAAGACUUGGAUGUCAGAAGACAUCCUGAACGAGAUCGGUGGCCAUCCGGACGAGGUUCCAGACGCAAAGUUAUCCAACAAGGAGAUUGUGGCACGCAAGCUGAAGUCAUUCUCCGGAGGACAUAUCAAGCCUCUAUUCCGCGGAAGAAAGCUCGCCAUCUCAACAGUCAUGAUCUGGUUCAUAUGGGCAACCAUCGGCAUGGGUUACCCACUGUUUAACUCUUUCCUGCCUCAAUACCUUGCAGCAAGAGGAAACUCUGGCCAGACCUCGCAGCACGACACGUAUCGAGACUACGCAAUCACUUCUAUCGUCGGUGUCCCGGGAAGUAUUCUUGCUUGCUGGCUGGUCGGUGUCCCAUACAUCGGCCGCAAGUUUACCAUGGCUGGCGCGACAGUCAUUUCUGGUAUCUUCCUGGUCCUCUUCACGCAAGCAACGAGCUCUGGGUACCAAUUGGCCAUGACCAGUCUGGAAGCUUUCUUUCAGAACAUUAUGUACGGAGUUCUGUACGCUUACACACCUGAAGUGUUCCCUGCUCCAAACCGAGGUACUGGAUCUGGUAUUGCCAGCUUCUUGAACCGCGUUGCUGGUCUCUGUGCUCCUAUUGUCGCGGUCAAUGCUGGGCAUGCGGAUCCAUCGGCACCGAUCUAUGCAUCAGCGGGUCUGUUCUUCGCAGCUUUCCUGGCUAUGUGUUUCCUGCCGUACGAGACCCGAGACAGACAGGCGUUGUGAGCAAAAGCUGCACAGAUUGUUACGAAUGGCAUUGCACAUAUGAUGAUACCCGACCGCGUGCUUUUUAAGUCGUUACAGUACCAUAGCUAUCACUGAGAAAGGAAUGAUCGUUAGCAUUCAAUUAUGUCUUCGAUUCCGUGGACUUCUUGGCACCCGC